UCUCUUCACACACAAACCCCCUGAAACACACAGUAGUCGAUUCCGGCAAAGCGUUCACCGGAAUAUCCAUCGCUUUAUUGAUAAGAUGAUAAACUUCAGGCCUUCGGAGACUCGGACGUCGUCGUCGGCGAGCUCCGUGGUGACGGCGGAGAAAGCGUUUUCGUUCAUAUCCAAAGGAUGGAGAGAAGUGAAGGAUUCAACCGAAGCGGAUCUCCAGUUGAUGAAAGACAGAGCGAAUUCGUUCAAAAACCUUGCGUCUUCGUUUGAUAGGGAGUUCGAGAAUUUUCUUAAUUCCGCGUCCAGAUCGACGUUUCCGGUUCCUGCUAUUUCGAAUUCUUCAUCUGCGUAUCCCGCGGAGAUUGAUUUCGUGAAAAAGUUGCAGCCGAAGUUUUCUGAGUUCCGUCGGGCGUACUCUUCGCCAGAUUUUAGUAGGAGAGUUCUGGAGAAAUGGAACCCUAGAGCUAAGAUAAGGAUCGAUUUGUCGGCGAUAAAGAAUGCUAUCGUGUCGGAGGUGGAGGAGCUUGAUGAUAGAGAGAGGUACAGGAGGGGGGCGAGGACGAGGGUAAGGGAUUUUAGCUGGGAGUGGAAAGGAGAAGGGGUUGGGGAUGCUGAGGAGGGGCAGCUUUCUCGGUAUUGGGAGCCUAUUAGGGCAUUGAAAACGCGGUUACGGGAAUUGGAACAGAAGAGUUCGUCUUCAGAGAUUAUCGAGGGGCUCAAGAACAGUGAACUUGUUGAGAAAGUUAAAUCUAGUUUGAAAGCAAUUUGUAAGGAACCAAACUACUCAAAGGAAGUUCCACCUUUGGACUUUCAAGAACUUCUGGCAUGUCUGGUUAGGCAGUCUGGGCCAUUUUUAGAUCACCUUGGUGUGAAGAGAGAUUUAUCCGACAAGAUAGUGGAAAGCUUAUGCAGCAAAAAGAAAAAUCAAUUUUUGUUGCGGUCGCUUCCUGCAGGAGAGUCAGCCAUUGUUGAAGGUGAUAACAUAAAUGAUGAACUGGAUUUAAGAAUAGCAAGUGUGCUUCAAAGUACAGGGCAUCAUUAUGAAGGUGGACUAUGGGAUGAUCUCGGUAAGCGAGACAUUUCUGACGGAGAAAGGCAUGUAGCCAUCGUCACAACUGCUAGUCUUCCUUGGAUGACAGGGACAGCUGUAAAUCCGUUAUUUCGAGCAGCAUAUUUGGCUAGAUCUCAAAAGCAGAAAGUCACACUGUUAGUUCCUUGGCUUACUCUAACAGACCAAGAAUUUGUUUACCCAAACAAUAUUACAUUCAGCUCACCAGAAGAACAAGAGGUUUACAUUCGCAAUUGGCUCGAAGAAAGAGUAGGUUUCAAUGCAGAUUUUAAAAUUUCCUUCUACCCCGGAAAGUUUCAAAAGGAAAGGCGUAGUAUAAUACCUGCUGGAGAUACUUCCCAGUUCAUUUCAUCGAAGGAAGCAGACAUUGCUAUCCUUGAAGAACCAGAACAUCUGAACUGGUACCAUCAUGGUAAAAGAUGGACCGAUAAAUUUAAUCAUGUUGUUGGCGUUGUUCACACGAAUUACCUCGAGUAUAUCAAGAGGGAGAAGAAUGGAGCUCUGCAAGCUUUCUUUGUGAAACAUAUAAACAACUGGGUGGCAAGAGCCUAUUGUGAUAAGGUUCUUCGGCUUUCCGCAGCAACCCAAGAUUUACCCAAGUCGGUGAUUUGCAAUGUUCAUGGUGUGAACCCUAAGUUUUUGGAAAUUGGGGAACGAAUGGCUGCAGAAAAGGAGGGUGGGGAGCAACGGUUCUCAAAAGGGGCAUAUUUCUUGGGCAAGAUGGUUUGGGCAAAGGGAUACCGGGAAUUAAUCGAUUUGCUGGCCAAACAAAAGAAUGACCUUAAUGGGUUUAAACUGGAUGUUUACGGCAAUGGAGAAGAUGCUCAUGAAGUACAGAACACAGCAAAAAGUUUGGACUUAAAUGUUAACUUUAUGAAGGGCAGAGACCAUGCCGACGAUUCUCUUCACGGUUACAAAAUCUUCAUAAACCCGAGCGUGAGUGACGUGCUGUGCACGGCCACGGCAGAGGCUCUGGCAAUGGGUAAAUUCGUAGUGUGCGCCAACCACCCGUCAAACGACUUCUUCAGGUCGUUUCCAAACUGUUUGACUUACGAGACACCAGAAGAGUUUGUACACAAAGUAAAAGAAGCCAUGUCAAGUGAGCCUCAGCCUCUUACACCUGAACAAAGAUAUAAACUUUCAUGGGAAGCUGCAACACAAAGGUUCAUGGAGUAUUCGGAGCUUGAAAAGAUACUAAAUUCAGAAAGUAACGGAAUCGUGAGAAGGUCGAAAUCGGUACCUAAUUUAAGGUCAAUGGUGGAUGGAGGUUUAGCGUUUGCACACUAUUGUUUGACGGGUAACGAGUUCUUGAGACAGUGUACGGGGGCGGUCCCAGGAACACGGGAUUACAACAAGCAGCAUUGUAAAGAUCUAGAUUUGUUGCCUCCACAGGUAGAAAAUCCAAUCUAUGGAUGGUGAAGAAACAUAAAAACCAAUUAUUUUUUAUGUAGAAAUGGUAUUUGAUAAUGCCUAACCAGCCUUUCUUGCUAGUUAGUGGUGUAGUUA